AUGCUUGCAUUAUUAAAAUAUUACAGUCUUAUACCUUCUGAGAAGACAUCUGCUGCCUGCACAAAGAUUUUUCAGAAGUACAAUGUCGAGGAGGGUUCUUCCUGGAAGAAUAUCCCACAAUCCACAAAAGAUUUUUAUUUCAGAGAGUUUGAGAAAGAAUUUCACUGGGAUGAGGGAAGUGCUGCAAUAGUGAGGAAGGCAUGGAAUAAAAAAGCAGCUACCCGAUACAAAGACUUUCUGACAAAUGAAAAGAAGAAAAAAAAGAGGAGUGCUUAUAUAUCAAAUGAAGUCUGGGAUAAAUGGAAUUUAGAUUGGAGUACUCCAGAGUAUGUAGCAAAGUCAGUGAAGUACUCAAAGAACCGCCUAACAGAGAAGGGAGGUGCAGGAGCUGGUCCUUCUACACAUACAGGUGGGUCCAUAACACAUGAGGAGCAUGCAAGACGCAUACAAAAUGCUAAGACAGACAAAGUUCCUCCAACAGCAGCUGAGUUGUUUCUCCACACCCAUACAAAGAAGAGUGAUCGCAACAAAUUUGUUGAUAAACGAGCUGAACUUGUUUAUGAAAAUUAUUUGAAGCUAAAAGAACAACAUUCAAGCCAGAAUGUGGGAUCAGAUCAUGUGGAAGGAGAUGGAGGAAAUAUUAAUGAGGAUCAAUUGUUCAUUGCUGCAGCAGGAGGAUGGCAAGGAAGUCGAGUUUAUGGUUUAGGUAGUGCUGCAUCUUCUGCCUUCUCUCAAACAGGAACUGUGGAAAAAACAACAGAUGUUCCAUCAUCACAAUCACCAGAAUGGAAGAAGGAAAUUGAAGCAAAGUUUGAUGAGAAGUAUAAUAGUUUGCAGAAACUUGUAGAAGACCAAAAUCAGAUAAUAGCUCAAAUGCGUGAUGAACUACAGGCAACGAGGAUGGGACAGCAGUCUUCCUCAUUGAUGCCAUCAACAUCUGAUAUGCCUCCAGCUCAAAGAUCCCCUGGUGAUUCACAUAUAGAUUAGCAUGAUAUCAUUUCUCACUGACUUUAAUAAUAUAUUUUAUGAUAUGAAUUUGAUACUAUUUGGAUUAAUUAUGUAUUUUGAGAUAUUUUAAGUUU